AAAAGCGGACCGCUUACCUCUUUGAAAAGGCUAUGAUCGCGAUUUUACGGCACGAUGGAACGCAGACGAAUCAACCGCUUGAUUUUCAGGGUGCCAGCGGCGAAAAGACGAUUUCCUUUGACGUUCCCGUCAGCCGUUAUAAGGCGGUCGCUUUCGAUGUCUUCCCUCCAGAAGCACCUUUCCUCCACCCGACACAAGAGUAGGCAAUGCGGUUCGCAACUUAUUCAGCUCUUUUCGUUUCUGGCUUGGCCAGCGCCGCCGCUUCUGCGGAAAAGCGCGACACUUCCAGUGCUCCCUUUGACAUCUAUGAUGGACCAACUGAACAGGAUACGUUGUAUAACGAUCCCGCCUCCAAGCUUGAGUACACGCUGUCAGGUGGCCAGCCUUAUCCCAACCCGCUGUACUCGGACCGUUUGGGAACCACUGGUCCCCUUCUCCUGCAGUCCACGAAUCUGAUCGAGCAACUUGCUCACUUCGUUCGUGAGCGUGUGCCCGAGCGUACUGUCCACGCCAAAGGUGGAGGAGCCCAUGGGUACUUUGAAGUCACCACCGACACCGGUGCCAACUACAGCAUGGCUGAUCUUUUCUCGACUGUCGGCAAACGCACUCCUUUGACUGCGCGUUUCUCAACUAUCGCCGGUAACCUCGGUAACGCUGACAGUGUCAGAGAUCUUCGCGGAGCUGCUUUCAAGAUGCGUACUGAUGAGGGUAUCCUUGACUGGGUUUUCCUUAACCACCCUGUUUUCUGGCUCCGUGACCCCGUCAAAUUCCCUCAUUUCAUUCGUUCGCAGAAGCGUGAGCCUCAAACCAACCUGUUGAACAAGAACAACUUCUGGGAUUACCUCUCGGGAAACAACGAAUCGAUCUAUCAGGUCAUGCGCACCAUGUCUGAUUUGGGUACUCCUUACGGCUUCAGACAUAUGAACGCCUGGAGUGGUAACACUUUCCGCGCCAUUAAAGCUGAUGGAAGCUGGGUUUACAUCAAGAUCUCGGCUUACACUGACCAGGGUGUGAAGAACAACACUGAGGCUGAGGCCGUCUUGCAGGCUGGCCAGAACCCCGACUUUGGUGUCCAGGAUCUCUUUGACUCCAUUGAAGCUGGUGACUUCCCAAGCUGGACUGUCUACUUCCAGACCAUGACCCCUGCUCAGGCUGAAGCAUACAAGUACAAUGUCUUUGAUCUUACCAAGGAAUGGCUCGUCGAUGAGGUCCCUCUCCAGGAAAUCGGCCGUAUUGUCCUUAACCAGAACCCCACAAACUACUUCGCUGAGAUUGAGCAGCUCGGUUUUGACCCUUCGCAGAUGCCCAACGGUUUGGACUCAUCUGUUGACCCUACCCUCCAAGCUCGUCUGUUCGCCUACGGUGACGCUCAACGUUACCGCAUUGGUGUUAACCACAAGCAGCUCCCCAUUAACUGCCCUCUAAACCCCACUGCCAACUUCCUGCGCGAUGGUUUCAUGAACUUCAACAACCAGGGCAAACGUCCCAACUUUGUUUCUCAGCAAGACCCUCUGAAUGUUGAGCAGAACCCUUACCCCAACGAGAACCACACCGUUUGGACUGGUACCGCCCUCAAGUACCUCAGCACGCCUUCUGAGAUCGACUUUGACUUGCCUCGUAUCUUCUGGAACGGUCUUUCCGCGACUGACCAGGCUAACCUGAUCUCCAACGUCAUUGGACAUCUCGGUCUUGCUUCUGACCAGUCCAUCAAGGACAAGCAGUGCGCGAUUUUCAACCAUGUCAACGCGACUUUGGGUCAGGCUAUCGCCAAGGGUGUUAACUGCACUAUUUCGUCGUAGAUGUGGUUGGUUGCUGAUAGAGUCACACGCACUUUCGUUAAAAUUUUAAUACAAAAUUGGACUCGUGCUUUAGGCAAAAUAGCAUUACUCUUCAUCUUUCGUUUAUGUAUUUACUCUGCUAUUUUAAUACGGGAACCACUUUUUGGUGUCUUGCUUAACUUAUCAAAAUGUCGUUUGUGAUGUCUGUGAAUGUUUGAGGCCAUUUAUCUCAGUCGUUCGAAGUAAAGGAAAACGGACUCUGCUACAUAACAACUGGGGUUAGACUCAUGUCUUCCAUUACUGUUUCCGUAUCCUUUUGGUCUUCGAACAGACAAGAGCCCUACUUC